CCCCUCUCCGGAAAUCAUUCUCAAGAUCACUCCCUUCUUGUGAACCAAGUCAAUGCUGCUCUCGACUCUGGCUCUUUGGAUGAGGGCUCUAUGGACGAGGAUAGUGAUCCAGACGAUGGUGAUCCGGGUGACUCGGAGGACCAAAUGUCCGAUGAUGAGGAACCUGAUGACCUCAUGACACUAGUCCAGUAUCAAGAAGAAGCUCGCCGUGAAGCCCUGGUUCGCAAAGGUUCUCUUCUUGCCGAAGAUCCCCAGAAAAAGGGAAGAAUCGAGAGGGGGGAACCCAGUCACUCCUGAGCUUUUUGCUCUAUGUUCCUCUGGUUAUCAGGGAGUUUUGUCCUCUUUAUCAACUUUUUCUAUGAUUUCUAAAAAACUUUGCUGCUGGAACUGCAGGGGUCUCUCUUCCAGGGAUACCUGUGCUCGCAUCUUCCGUUUAAUUCACCAAGAUAAACUCUCCAUCCUUUGUCUUGUUGAGACCAGAGCGAAUUCUGAUCGCAUCAGUAAGUUUUGUUCUAAACUUUCUAAAUCUUGGGACUGGGCUGCUAUCCUCGCUGAUGGCUUCUCUGGUGGCAUCCUUGUGUGCUGGAAAAAAGGUAUUGGUCAGGUAACUCCUAUCGCUACCUCCCGCCGUGUUUUACAUAUUUUGAUUUCCUCGAGCUAUUUCAAAAACACCAUCAUUUCUGUGGUUUAUAAUUCUUGUCGAUUCCAGUCUCAGUGUUCGGUUUGGUACGAGCUUUCAAAAAUAUCUUCCCUCCAUCUUCCUUGGCUUAUUAUCGGAGAUUUCAAUUCUAUCCUUUCCCCUUCGGAUCAUAAGGGCGGCCGCUUUUACUACUAUUCUCGCAAAGCUUUAUUUUUCCGGGAUUUUAUUGAUUCUAAUAAUCUCUUUAAUUUAAACUCCUCUGGCCCUCCGUUCACCUGGUGUAACAAUCAACGUGGUCUUGCUCGGCGAUGGGCUCGCCUUGAUCGUUGCCUAGUGAAUUUAGAGUGGUCUUCUCUCUUUAAAAAUUGCACUCUCAAACAUCUUUCCCGCAGUUGUUCGGAUCACUCACCUCUUCUCCUUUCUAUUUUUGCUAAUGAUUCUCGUUCUCGGAACCUGUUUCGCUUUGAAAACUUCUGGUUUGACUAUACUGACUGUCAUUCUGUUGUUUUCGAAGCGCUGCGGUCCCCUGUCCAUGAUAGUCCCCUCCACGCUUUUUCGCACUUACUUUCUCGUACCAGGUUCAAGCUUUCGAAUUGGAAGUCUUCUGGCCUUAACUCUGUGGAGAUAGCCCUAGCCCAAACCGAAACAGAAAUUAACUCUCUUGAACAGCUGGACUCCUCUACUGACAUUCAAGACCGGUUGUCUGUCCUGUACUCUAAGCUUGCUGCUAUCCAACGUCAACUCUCCAUCAAAUGGGCCCAACGUGCUCGUCUCCUGUGGGUCAGUGAUGGUGAUAAAAACACUAGCUUUUUCCACAACUCUGCCCGUAUCCGAGAUCACCAUAACUACAUCUCCCAAAUCUCUGACUCCUUUGGCAACAUCUAUUCUAAUCAUUCCAGUAUCGAGCAGGCCUUCAUGACUUUCUAUACCAAUCUGUGGUCCUGUCCUGCAAGUACUGAUUUUAUUAAUAUUCUUGAGGCCCUGCCUAACGACCUUCCCAGCAUUACUGCAGAUGUCGGUCACCAUCUCAUCCGCAUGGUCACCAAAGAUGAAAUCUUUCAAGCCCUCCUUGACCUCCCCACUGGGAAUUAUUGUUUCACUUCUUCGAAUCAAUCUUCGAAGUCGCAAUCCAUGCCCUCGAAUCUGCCAUUUACAAUGCUAUCAGCAGACAACCUGAACAUCCGCCGCAUCCUACAUCUGUCAUCGCUCAUCUCCCAACUUCUUUACAACAACUGUGAACCAGUCAUUUGGCGUUUCUCUCAUGCCAUCUCCAAUAUAAACAAUCUUCUCCGACUAAAGCUUGAGGAUUCUAUCUCUUCUAUCCGGCGCAAUCUUGAGUUCCUUGGACCUCGAUGUGAAGGGGUGGAUGGCGCCCCCGCUCUUGAGGCGACACAGGAUAGUAGAGUGGGUUAG